AUGUCAAAACUUAACAGAGACAUAAUUUUCUUUAUAUUAAAAGAAUUACAAAAUGAUAACAAAUCUCUUCAUUCAUGUCUUUUAGUUAAUAGAACUUGGUGUGAAACGACGGCACCAAUUUUAUGGAAGGACCCUAUUACUAGAUAUGAUCUAACUGACAAUGCAUGUAAUAUUUUAUUUAAUAAAAUGCUUUUACAUUUGUCUGAAGAAUCAAGAAAUAACUUAAAAAAUCAAGGAAUUGAUCUUUUUGUGGAAACAUGUCAGCAACCUAUAUUUAAUUAUAUUAGUUUUUGGAAGCAUUUGGAUUUAUUUUUCUUAGAACAUCACAUAAAUCAUAUAAUGGAAUUUUUUAAAGUAAAAAGCAAAAAAAAAAAAUCUAUUGUCAAAAAUGAAGUAUUGGAAUUAUUUAUUAAUAAUGAUAAGAAAUAUAUUUCUCUCUCUAUUCCAAAAUAUUUUAAUACUCACUUGUUUUCAGGAGCUGAACAUUGCUUUUCAAAACUUGAAUACUUUUAUUGUGAUAAGUAUGUAGAUGACAAUAUUUUGAAAGAAUUGUCUAUGUUAAGUACAUCAAUUAAAAAAUUGGAACUUAAUGUUAGAUAUGGUAGUUUUGGUGGAAUCAUUGAAUUAAUUGGAGCUCAAAAAAAUCUAAACCAAGUUAAUUUAACCUAUGAUAAUGAAGACUAUAUUAGUAAUGAUACAUUUGAAUACUGUCAAAAGCCACUAGAAGAAUCAUUAAUUAAACAUGCAGAUACUAUUCAAUAUUUGAGAAUGGAUUGGGAGCCUAUCACAAACCUUCUUUCAUAUCUUAUAAAUUUAGUAAGUUUAGAUUUAGGUUAUUUAACACAUUUAAGAUCUAUGCCUUAUAAUUGGUAUCAUUUAAAAAACGCAUCUUUGCCCCUUUUAAAAUUUCUAAAAGCCAACUACAUACCAUCUAAAAUUUUGGCAAGUAUAAUUGAAAAUACAAAAGGAUAUCUUAUUGAAAUUAGUAUUCAUCAUAACAAUUUAGAUGAUAACCACUUUAUCCAAGCAAUUUAUCAAAAUUGUCCAAAUCUUAGUUAUCUUAAUUUGGCAUUAUCAAAUAAUAGUUAUAAGGAAUUUCAAAAUUUGUUAAUUAAUUGUAAAUUUUUAAAUAAAUUAGAAAUUAUUUCUAUUUCAUAUAGUAAGAUUGAUUGGAUUAUAUUAUUUGAAAUAUUGGCAAAUUUUUCACCAAUCAGUUUGUUUAAGUUUAAAUUUACUUCUACUUAUUUUUAUUGGGAAUAUAGACAGAGAGAUUUAAAAUUAUUUCUUUGUCAUUGGAAGGACAGACAUUCUAUGUUAUUACAAAUUGCUUCAAAAGGAUCAUGUAUGUAUAUUACUGCUAAUAAUCCAACUCAACAACAAUGCCAAGCGAAGCGGCGAAAAUUAAAAGAUUUAUUACAAAGAUAUAAAGAUAAAGGUAUAAUUAAAAAAUAUGACAUAAUUCAAGCUGAUAUUUGAACCGUUUACUAUGUUAAACAAGGGAAUUUUUCAACAUUCUUUCAAUUUCUUCUUUUCAUUAUUUUAAGUUUAUAUUCAAUUUUUUUGUCUUCAC